CAUCUUCGCUGGGUCUCAAGCAGACAGUUUUAGAAUUGAUUAGUAAUUGUUAAUUUCAUUUAUAUUUGUGUGAAAUAUUAAUAUCAUAUUGUAUUUUCUUGAAGCUUUGGAAUGUGAUAAAUCCGAUUGUAUUUUCAAAAUUCCCAUUGCUUUCAUAUAUACGUUGCUAAAGCAGCGUUUCCUGAGUUGUGUUACCUGUUUUAUGGCUUGUGCAGUGAGAAGGAAUUGACAAGGUUGACGACUGACUGGGCAAUCAGGGUCGGGAAUCGGGAUUGAUUUUUAGCAGUAACGUCUUCAAAGCGUCGUGUUUACAGAUUGAGGCAGUAUUUCAGUCAUAAAUAACUGCACUGUUGAAUGUUGCUAUUUAGUGGUGGAAAGUAGAAGGUACUGCAAGAAAUGAGUCGACCCGAAGGUGGAAGAAUUACAGUGCCCGACGAGCUGCGAGAUGUGCUGCUGGAGUUCACGAUAAGCUAUUUAUUAGAACAACCUGGCGACGUUGUGGAAUAUGCAGUGGAUUUUUUCCACAAGCUGCAAGAAAAUCGUGCUAAUCGUAUGAGAUUGGGGGAAACCGUGGAAUCUCCAGAUGAAUCAGUUAUAUCCACAGAAGAAGAACCACCAGUGACACGAUUUUCAUCUCGUCGGAAAUCUGUAUUUGCUGAAACAUACAAUCCAGAAGAAGAUGAAGAUGAUGAUGAGGGAGCAAAGGUGGUUUAUCCCAAGUCAGAUGAACAAAGGGAGAGACUGGCUGAGAGUGUGAAGCAUAUACUUCUCUUCAGAGCACUAGACAAAGAACAAAUGCAAGAUGUCUUGGAUGCCAUGUUUGAGAAGACUGUGAAAGCUGGGGAAUAUGUGAUCAAGCAAGGGGAUGAUGGAGAUAAUUUCUAUGUCAUAGGGCGUGGAACAUUCGAUGCAUAUGUGUCGACUGAGCCAGGCAGUGAACCAAAGUGUGUCCACACAUAUGAUGGAAGUGGAAGUUUCGGUGAACUGGCUCUCUUGUAUAACAUGCCUCGAGCUGCAACCAUCCAAGCAGCUUCCGAGGGUGCGCUGUGGGGGAUGGACCGGCAAACGUUCCGCCGCAUACUCCUGAAAAGUGCAUUCAAGAAGAGGAAGAUGUAUGAGUCCUUGCUAGAGAGUGUUCCAAUGCUGAAGGCCCUUCAGGCAUACGAGCGCAUGAACCUUGCAGAUGCUCUGGCUCCACGUCCAUAUUCUGAUGGGCAGAUGAUCAUAAAGCAAGGAGAUUCAGCUGAUGGAAUGUACUUUGUGGAGGAAGGAAGUGUAAAGAUUACAAUCACUGGAGAUAAUGGGCAGGAAGUGGAGAUCAAUCGCAUCUCAAAGGGAGGAUACUUUGGUGAAUUGGCACUAGUCACUCACAAGCCACGUGCAGCUUCGGCAUAUGCAGUUGGAAACAUAAAAUUGGCCUUCCUUGAUGUGGAAGCUUUUGAGAGACUGCUGGGACCAUGCAUGAACAUCAUGAAGAGGAACAUAGAUGACUAUGAAGAUCAGCUAGUACGGAUCUUCGGUUCAAAGACAAACAUCACUGAUAUACGAUGAAAACAUUAUCUCCGUAGCAAAUAGUCCUAAAUGUACCUAUUUUCAUACUUUGUUGACUUCCUUAUUAUUUAUUCUAAAUAAUGACAAGAGUUUCAAAAUUAAUAUGCUGUGUCAGAGACUUGUGUAUUAUGGUGGUAGGUGCCAGCAUGUCAGAAGAGUUUCUAAUACUGUCAUGGAGACUGACAGAAUGUCUUGUAUGACAAGGUAUCAAAAUUUCACAAUGUCUGCCUUUGAUGUUGCUUUCCAUGGAACCAGAGGAGCACAAUGAUCCUGUGCACAAUGGGUCAGACAUUUGGCAUCUAAGAAUAUAAUAAAAAAUGGGCACAAAUUUUAAUUUGGGCACUUGAGAGAUGCAAUAAUGAAAGAAUUAAAUGCACAUUCCAAUAGAUAUUUUGUUUCUAUUAUGUAGUUGACCAAGUGCUGGCAAAUGAUAUAGCGGAUAAACAUAAUUUGGUUUAGUUCUGUUGAGUUUUACCAAAAUACGUCCCAGUAGAAAUCUUGUCGUAAUUCCUGGUGAAAGGUUUGGGGAUGGUACUACAUAUUACUACUACACUCUGAACAUAUUAUAAGGAUCAGUGUGAAUUUUUCUUGCAAGUUUUUUUAAGUACAAAGAAGCAUGAAUUGGAAAAUAAUGGGUUUUGGAAAGAGGCGUGCAGUGCAAUAAUAUUAGACUAAUAAUGUUACAAGUGUUUGUGCUAGUCAUGCAAUUGGAAUGGCACACUUUAUUAAUUUUGUUGCAUUAGAAACCUAACCUGACUAUUUAAAGGAUGUAUGUAAUUGGUUACCGUUUUCACAUCUUGCCAUAAAUUCAUUUAGAAAAGGAUUGCUGUUACUGUUGAAUUUGUGUGUCAGUAUUAAUGCAUCUGACCCUAAAUAACUUGCAUAAUACUCAUCUUAGUUUGGAACAAUGUUAGAAAUCAGUUCACUUUUGCAAUACUCUUGUAAUAAUUCUCAUUGCUGUAUACAUUUUAUUAUUUGUUGAUCCAUGUUAGUAUUUUAUAUUUUACUUUACCAAACGAAAGCUGAUGCAUGCAGCUUUAUUUAUUGCAGUGGACAUCCUGAACCUUGAGUAGUCGAUGUUGUCUAAUGUUUUGAUAGAAAAGAGUUUAUUUCUGUCAAGGUUUUCAUGUUGUAGGUUGUGUUUAAUGAUUUGUAGGAACAUAUUUUAAUUGUAAGAGUGGAGGUUUUCAGGGU